CCCACUACCCUCUCUCUCUCUCUCUCUCUACAUUUUGGAGAGGGGAGAAACAUUGGUUCCAUUGAAUGAAUCUUGCUUGUUUCCUUAUCAACGAAAAACACACCUUCUUCUUCUUCUUCUUCUCCACAUAAGUCUUCCAUAGCCUAAUCGAUCAAUACAUACAUAUAUACAUACAACCCAAACAAAACAAAAUAUAGUCUACAAACGACUGCAUGUUCUUUACGUCUGUUCGGUGCAAAACAUACCCAACUCUAUUCUUAAUCUCCCCAAACAACAAUUUCCCCGAAGAAGAAGUCGUUUGAUUGAGUAUGUGCAGCCAGUUUCAGCUGCACGGCAUGGAGAAUUAUCAGGGAGAUUUAGCGGAUAUUGUCCGGGGCAGCGGAUUGGCCGGAAACACAGCCCAGGAAGCCUCCCCGCCGGCGGUUCCCGACACGUGGCAGUACCCGGGUAGCAGCGGCGAUAAUAUGGCGGCGGCGAUGAACUGCUACUCCUCCUCCUCCGAUCACCACGAUUUCGGGGAUCCGUUUUGUCACUUGAGAGAUCCGUUGAUGUUCCAGGAGCUAGCCAUGCCGCCGCCGCCGCCUCCCUCCGCCGCGUUCUUCACCUGCUCUGAUAAUGAUCUCGAUCUCGUCGACACCGCGGCGGCGGCACCGGAAACCGGCACUAGUUCAAGCGUCUUCCCCCCGCCGAAGCUCGUUCUAGACGAAGAAAUGAAGAGACCACCAGCCUGCAACAUAUUCUCCAGAAUGCUCCAGAUCUCCCCCAAUUCAAACCUCAACCCUCCGGCGGCCGGCGGCGGACUGGCUUGCAGCGAAAACAUAAUCUCGGCAUCCUCCUCCGGAAACGCGGCGGGGCUGCAGAUCUCAUCUCCGCGAAAUACGGGCUCUAUUAAACGAAGGAAGAGUCAGGCGAAGAAGGUGGUGUGUGUGCCGGCGCCGGCGCCGGCGAAUAGCAGGCCCAGCGGGGAGGUGGUGCCGUCUGAUCUGUGGGCUUGGAGGAAGUACGGCCAGAAGCCAAUCAAAGGCUCCCCUUAUCCCCGGGGGUACUAUAGAUGCAGCAGUUCAAAAGGUUGCUCGGCAAGAAAACAGGUGGAACGUAGCCGGACUGAUCCAAACAUGUUGGUUAUCACCUACACUUCCGAGCACAACCACCCCUGGCCGACGCAGAGAAACGCCCUCGCCGGUUCUACCCGAGCACAAGCCGCCAAAAACGCCGCCGCCGCCGCCACCAAAUCCUCCAUUUCCCAAACCCCAACCCCGCCCACCACUAAUGACACCCAAACGGAUCACCACACAAUGUCCGACACCCCGCCGGUGAAGGAGGAGACCACGACAGCGGCGGAGGACCGCGACGGCGAUGACAACCCCCACCACGUCAUGCAAAUGGACGAGUUCCCGGGCGGGUUCCCCCAGAGCUACAAACCCGCGCUGCCGUCGGCGGGAGACAACGACGACGACGUCACCACCCACCACCACCACCACCCGGAAGAUUUCUUCGCCGAUUUGGGAGAGAUAGAAUCCACCGACCCUCUAAACCUCAUGUUCUCCCAAGGGUUCCCGUCCGGACAAGAAAAGAAAGCCGCCGCCGCCGGAAUCGCCAUUGAUGACGCCUUCAACUUCUACGAUUGGACCACCACCACCCCGACAGAUAACAACAACAAUAGUAUACAAACGCUCGGAAAAUCCGAUUCCGGUCAGAGGGGAUUGUAAUAAAACCACAUGUUAUGGGCACUCCCAGGUAACACGGAAGUCUCAAAUAAUGUCCGACUGUUCAUCAGAAUCAUCACAUACAACACAUCAUUAUUAAUCAUUCACAUAUAUAAUUGCAUUCCCAGUCCAAAACCUAGCUAGUCUCAUCUAUCCUAUGGAUUGAAUAUAUAUAUAUUUGAAUCUUUAUAUGAUUGAUACGCGUUUAAUAUAUCUGUUUUGGUCACAAUUUUGUAGUAUCAAAACGUUGGACACGUAUCAAUUAUAUAAAGAUGUGACAUAAAUGUUGUCUAUGUUCAUUUGUUUUUUUUGAGGUUUUUUUUUUUUUCUUCCCUUCUUACUCACCAACUGUGUUACUUGUAGCAAAUGUAGCGUUAGAACUUUGUUGAAAAAAUAGCAAUUUUCGUCUUUAUAUUUAUAUAACAUAGUAAUUUUAGUC